GGCAAAGAGAGAGAGAGAGAGAAACAUGGACAAAGCAAAGUAAGAAAGACAGGAGAGAGCCAGAAAAGAAAAGAGUCAAUAUUUGAAAUCCAACCGCUCCAAUUCAUCAAUUCCUCUUCCACCUAAUUCUACAAAUUCUAAAACCCAACCCUCUGAACCUCGGUUCUUCAAUACCCAGAUCUCCAUUUAUCAGAGUUUGAUAAAUUUCCCAUCAGCUUGAUCAAACUCCCCUGUUUUUCAGGGUGUUCUGUUUCCUCGCCUGCAACGAACGCAUCCUAUCUCAAACCCCUCAGAUCAAAUACCGGCUCCAAACCCCAUCUGGGAUUCUGAAAUUCAAUCAUGGGAAUUCAGAAAGACAGGGUGAGGUUCAAUGUUGGAGGCAGAAUCUUUGAAACAACCGCCACAACUCUCGCCAAUGCCGGCCGUAAUUCCAUGUUUGGAGCGAUGUUUGACGAGAACUGGAAUCUACAAUCCGAUAAUUCCAAUGAAUACUUUAUUGAUCGCAACCCGGAUUGCUUUGCGGUCCUCCUUGAUCUUCUAAGAACCCAAGAGCUUCAUAUCCCAGCCAAUAUGUCUGAAAAGCUUCUUUAUAGAGAGGCCUUGUAUUAUGGCCUUCUCGACCACGUUCGAUCAGCCAAAUGGGGUCCCUUUGAUGGCAACAGGUUGUGGCUUUCGAAGACAGUAGCAGGCCAAGCUCCGGGUGAUGGCACAGCAAUUCGUGCUGGCCCCGAUGGUGGUUGCUGCGUUGCUCAUGGUUGCAUGGUCCAUGUCUACGACUGGAUGCUAGAUGAGCACCCUCCAAUCAAUCUUGAUUAUCAGAGAGUCAAUGAUGUUGGUUGGGUUGAUUCGGAGAACAUAGUGAUCAGCGUUUGCGAGCGGUUAGGCCGAGGAGACGGAGGAAUGGGGCUGUUCAGCUCAUCAAAUGGGGAGCUCAGGUACAAAUUUCAAGUUAGUCAUGAGAAUCAAGUUAAGAGCUUUACUGCUGGAGCUUUGUGUUUUGGGUCAGAUUACAAGAUAUUCUCUAGUUGCAAAGGUAGGAGCAAUGAGUAUGGCGUUGGUGUUUGGGACCAAAUAACAGGAAAGCAGACUGAUUUUUUCUAUGAACCACCUGGUUGGUCACUUGGUGAUGCUGACAAGCUGCAAUGGUUGCAGGGGAGCAACUGUCUGUUAGUUGCAACCUUGUUCCCUAGGAAAGACAACUGUUACAUCAGUUUGUUGGACUUGAGGGAGAAGAAAAUGGUCUGGUCUUGGUCUGAUAUUGGAGCUCCUAUAACUGUGGAUGAGAAGAGGGUCAGAGAUGCAAUAGCAAUGGAGGAGAGUAACUCCAUUUGUGUGGUAAAUGAGUAUGAGGAUUUGGGUUUUAUUGAUCUCAGGAGCUCUGGUGGAAGUGUUAGAUGGAGCUCAAGGAGCAGGCUGAUGAAGGGAAAAAUGCCUGAUGAGCCUUGCUACCCCAAACUGGCAUUGCAUGAGGGGCAACUCUUUUCAUCCAUGAAUGAUUCCAUUUCAGUGUUCUGUGGUCCUGAUUGGGUUUUAACGUCCAGGCUUCGACGAAGUUAUGGAGGUUCUAUCUGCGAUUUUUCGAUAGGUGGGGAUCGGCUUUUUGCACUUCAUAGUGAGGAAAAUGUGUUUGAUAUAUGGGAGACUCCACCUCCUCCAAUUAUAUGAUUCUGCUUCAGAUUAUGGUUGGGUUAUUUUUUAAGAUUGUGUUUUCUUUCAUUUCUGACAUACAUGAUACAUGGUUUUCCUGUCUUUUUAAGAUCCUAGGAGAUGGAGUUGCAGCAAUACUAUCUAGGUUUAGGAAAUUUAGAGAUACUUCAGAGAGAGUUCUAAAGAUUGUACUGUACAGGGUUGGCUCACUACAGAGAAGAAUGAAACCGUUUGCUUUGCCUUUCUAUAAAGCCUGGAGAGAUAUAAAUGAAAUCCAUUGCUAUAUCUAGAAAUUUGGUACCUUUGCACAUCCAUUAAUCAUGGGAACUGGUCCUGUGGUCCAAAUUAUGUUUAUCUUUUAUGUUUGAACAGCCAACAAGGAAUGGCUCUUUUGAUUUU